UCCAGUUUUCAGUUUGAGUUUGUCUGUCGGGCCGUUAACAGCUCUUUCUCAGAGCUCGGAAAAUCAAAACGUUGGAUUUAGUGAACAGUUUAAAUGUUACAUGUGCGUCGAAUGGUGCAGAAGGGAUAUACUACUGAACGAGGAGAAAUUGAGUGGAUAAGGCGGAAGCUACAAUUUGAAUAACAAAGUGGAGUGGGAAGAUUCUUUCUCAGGAGUUAGCUCCAGUGGUGCGAGAAAUAAUCAAAAAGUGUUGUUUGCAAUCAAAGGAUAAUAAAUAACUGGAUAACAACUCGUGAAGAGUGCUUGAAAAAAUAUACAAAUCGAACCAACAUUAUUGUGUGCUGGAUUUCAACAAUUUUGGAUUAUACACCCAAAUGGUGAUACUGGACGGUGCAGCAAUGUUGCAAGUAGGAAACAAUCAGUACCUUCAGCCAGAUUAUAUGUCACCACUACCAACAACGCUGGAUUCCAAAAAGAGUCCACUAGCGCUGUUGGCACAAACCUGCAGCCAAAUCGGAGCAGAUUCUGGCAAUAUAACUGUAAAGUCUUUGGUUUCUCCGUCGGAAAAGACAAAGAAGUCGUCAUCAUCAUCUUCGACUGCUUCAAUGGAGAACGGCAUGAAUUCGUCAAGCUCGCGGUCACCGUCGGUGAAAACCGAAAAGUCGGAUUCAUCUCCUGAGAUAAAAUUGGCGUUUAAACCUUAUGAAAUGAAUGUGCUUACGACGAAAGUGAAGAAUGAAGAUCGUCCAUCAUCGAAGAUGAGUAGUGGAAGUGAUGUGCUAAACAAUAAUAGUGUGAAUCAUACAAAUAAUAAUGAAAUUAAAAAGGAUGUUCGCACUUCGUCCCGUGGUAGUGCCGAAUCGCCUGGUCGUUCGGGAAGUGUGCACAUGAAGAAUACUGAAGUUAGUGACAAUGGAAAGAACACACCGGAAGGAAGCAAUCGAAAAAGCAGUUCUCCGAGUGAUCGUGACAAAACUUCUUCCAGUCCGGUUGUACGUUCUGGUGCGGACAUUUUCCAAGGUGCUAAAGACAUUCAAGGAUACAAACACAGUGCUUACGGGAUCAAUCCGAUGACGGGAAUGCCCUCACCGUCCGGUAUCGAUCAUACCAAUCCGGCGUUUCGGCCUCCAUUUGCUGGAGCUUUCAGUCAUCAUCAUGCAGCUAUGCUGGCGGCCGCUUACCCUGGGGCGGCAGCAGCUGCUGCUGCGGCAGGAGCCAAUCCGUACCUCAGUUAUACUCGUGUAAAAACUCCAUCUGGUGGUGAAACAUUGGUUCCAAUAUGCAAAGAUCCGUAUUGUACUGGGUGCCAAUUCUCAGCACAUAACCAUCAGAUGAUGAUGGGUGGACAGUGUCCAGCUGGCUGUACUCAAUGCGAUCACCAAAAGUAUAGCUUAGCUAUGGCAAUGGGCACACUACCGCCGGGAUAUCCUUAUCCACCAGCAGCGACUCAGCCCGGACGUCCUUACAUGUGCAACUGGGUCAUGGGUGAUUCGUAUUGCGGAAAACGAUUCAACACCACCGAUGAACUGUUAUCUCACUUGCGUACACACACUGCCAACUUAUCUGACCCGGCGGCACUGGCUCUUCAGCAACAGUUAAUGCCAUUAAGUGGAAUCUUUCCACCUUCAUCUAUGCAUCGAGGAUACCCGAAUCCUCCGCUUAGUCCACUUUCUGCUGCUAGAUAUCAUCCGUAUGCCAAACCAGGAGCACUACCGGCAGGUCUUCCUGGGUCACCGUAUGGAGCAGCGUUCAAUCCAGCUGCGUUUGGCCAAUACUAUUCACCGUACGCCGCCGCCUUGUACAGUCAACGGAUGGGAGCAGCAGUACAUCAGUAAAACAUCUCUUUCCAGUCGGAGUGCCGUGGUGUUAUUUUCUAUAAAUCUGUGAUAUUAAUCUUAUUCUAUCGCAAAAAAAUGGAAUUAGAAGGAUUGAUCCUGAUACUACCAGACUAGUAGUGGUCACAACUGUGUAUAUCAAAUCGUGGCUGUAAAACUAGUUUCAAGACUAUCAACAAUUCUUCUUUUUCUAUAAUGAAGCUAAACCAAAUAAAAGCAAACAGGAAUCGUUCUUAAAACUAGUUUCAAGCCAUGGUUUCAUGUUAAAUCUACAGCGUCAUAGAAAAGGCAAAAUAAAUUGUGUAACGCAUUUAGGAUGUACCGACGGCAUUUUGUGCUAUUGACUUAGAUUCGCGUGUAGGCAGUAUGGUAAUCUCUUAAUUUAAACUGUGUUCGGAUAUUUGAAGUUAAACUUUUCAGUGAAUUGAUAGUUUAUUUAUUUUCAAAGAAAAUUAUGUUUUGAUGUCUUGAAAUGUUCCCUCAAUUAUUUUGUUUGAAUUUAUUCAAGAAAUAACACGUUAUGCAAAAAUCCACCAGGAGGUGAAUUUCACUGAAAUUUAGAGAUUGAUUUUUGCAGGUAUAAACAUAUGAAAAGUUGUACAGUCAAUAACUAAGCGAGACGAAAAAGAUAUAAAAAUUAACAAUCCACAAACAAUAUUGAUUAUCCUAAGAUGUACGAAUAGAUACAGACAAGAAUAAAUAAACGAUUUUGUAAGAAAAAGUUGAAAUCAAA